CUCUAAAAACUGGCAGAAGAGGCAGGAUGGAGGGGGUGCUGGCGGCCCAGGUCUGGCCACCUGAAUCAGUCGCGCGCCCCAGCCCUCGGCUGGCCAGGCCUCGCAGCAGCCCAGGUCUCGCCACGCGGUGAAGUUCUGCGGAAAGUUUUGCAGUUGCUUUGCCGCCCGCGCCAGCAGGAGAAGCUGUGACGCAGCGUCUGGGGCUCUAGGCCCGGGCUGAAAAGAGGGAAGACGAGGCGGGAAAGAAUUUUUAAGAAGCUGAGUGGAGGAAGAUAAAGAGCGCACGCUGGGGUCCUUCUGGACCACGCGGAUCCUCCUCUCCAGCCAUCCCAUUCUCUCCCUCCCCACGCGGGCUCCCAGCGGCCGGGUACCCAGCCCAGCGCCCCUGUGCCUCCUCCUUUCCCUCCCACGCUGCCCGCUUCCCUUCCCCUCUGCCCCUCAAACCCUCCUCCUGGGUUUUGUGCUCCUCCCUCCGCCCUCCCUCCGCGGGGCCUGCUUCCUCCCUCCUCUUCUCCGGGAGGCAUCACUUCGUCCGGACCCGGAGGAGCACGCGAGCCCCUCGCCUGCGGUCAUCCGAGCCCAGCGCUAGGGCUGCCACCGCGCGCAGCCCCGCUGUGCGCCCUGUCCUCGCGUCCUCCGUGUGCCGCAGGGAUGGGGCCCAUCCGACCUGCCCUCGUUCCCUGGCCUCGUCACCUGCUGUGCUGCGUCUUGCUUCUUGGGGUACUGCGUCUCGGCCACCCGGUGGACGCCGCCGCUCUCCCGGAACCUGAUGUCUUCCUCAUCUUCAGCCAGGGGAUGCAGGGCUGUCUGGAGGCCCAGGGCGCGCAGGUCCGAGUCACUCCAGUCUGCAAUGCCACUCUCCCUGCCCAGCGCUGGAAGUGGGUCUCCCGGAAUCGACUCUUCAACCUGGGUGCCACGCAGUGCCUGGGUACAGGCUGGCCAGUCUCCAACACCACAGUUUCCCUGGGCAUGUAUGAAUGCGACCGAGAGGCCUUGAGUCCACUGGCAUUGUCGUACGCUAGGGGACCAGUUGUCCAUGCUUCUGGGAGCCCGGGCUAGCAAUGCAUCGAAGCCUGGCACCUUGAACGUGGUGACCAGACCCGCAGUGGUCAGUGGAACAUCUAUGGCAGCGAAGAAGACCUGUGUGCUCGACCCUACUAUGAGGUCUACACGAUCCAGGGAAACUCCCAUGGGAAGCCAUGUACCAUUCCCUUCAAAUACGACAACCAGUGGUUCCAUGGCUGCACCAGCACUGGCCGAGAAGAUGGGCAUCUGUGGUGUGCCACUACCCAGGACUACGGCAAAGAUGAGCGCUGGGGAUUCUGCCCCAUCAAGAGUAAUGACUGUGAGACAUUCUGGGACAAAGACCAGCUGACUGACAGCUGUUACCAGUUUAACUUCCAAUCCACGCUGUCCUGGAGGGAGGCCUGGGCCAGCUGCGAGCAGCAGGGUGCGGACCUGCUGAGCAUCACUGAGAUCCAUGAACAGACCUACAUCAACGGACUCCUCACUGGUUACAGCUCAACCCUGUGGAUUGGCCUGAAUGACUUGGACACCAGUGGAGGCUGGCAGUGGUCAGACAACUCACCCCUCAAAUACCUCAACUGGGAGAAUGAUCAGCCCGACAACCCAGGUGAGGAGAAUUGUGGCGUGAUCCGCACCGAGUCCUCGGGUGGCUGGCAGAACCAUGACUGUAGCAUCGCCCUGCCCUAUGUCUGCAAGAAGAAGCCCAAUGCCACAGCCGAGCCCAGCCAGCCAGACAGGUGGACCAAUGUCAAAGUGGAGUGUGACCCCAGCUGGCAGCCCUUCCAGGGCCACUGCUACCGCCUGCAGGCCGAGAAGCGCAGCUGGCAAGAGUCCAAAAGGGCGUGUCUACGGGGUGGGGGUGACCUGCUUAGCAUCCAUAGCCUGGCUGAGCUGGAGUUCAUCACCAAACAGAUCAAACAAGAGGUGGAAGAGCUGUGGAUUGGCCUCAAUGAUUUGAAACUGCAGAUGAAUUUCGAGUGGUCUGACGGGAGUCUUGUGAGCUUCACCCACUGGCACCCCUUUGAGCCCAACAACUUCCGUGACAGCCUGGAGGACUGCGUCACCAUCUGGGGGCCGGAAGGACGCUGGAAUGACAGUCCCUGCAACCAGUCCCUGCCAUCCAUCUGCAAGAAGGCAGGCCGGCUGAGCCAGGGCGCUGCUGAGGAGGACCACGGUUGCCGGAGGGGUUGGACGUGGCAGAGCCCAUCCUGCUACUGGCUGGGGGAGGACCAAGUGACCUACAGUGACGCCCGACGCCUAUGCACUGACCAUGGCUCUCAACUGGUCACCAUCACCAACAGGUUUGAGCAGGCCUUCGUCAGCAGCCUCAUCUAUAACUGGGAGGGCGAGUACUUCUGGACGGCCCUGCAAGACCUCAACAGCACCGGCUCCUUCCGCUGGCUUAGUGGGGACGAAGUCAUAUACACCCAUUGGAACCGAGACCAACCUGGGUACAGACGUGGGGGCUGUGUGGCUCUGGCCACGGGCAGCGCCAUGGGUCUGUGGGAGGUGAAGAACUGCACGUCAUUCCGAGCUCGCUACAUCUGCCGACAGAUCCUGGGCACACCAGUGACACCAGAGUUGCCUGGGCCAGACCCCACGCCCAGCCUCACCGGCUCCUGCCCCCAGGGCUGGGCCUCAGACCCCAAACUCCGGCACUGCUAUAAGGUGUUCAGCUCAGACCGGCUGCAGGAAAAGAAGAGUUGGAUCCAGGCCCUGGGGGUAUGCCGAGAGCUGGGGGCCCAGCUGCUGAGUCUGGCCAGCUACGAGGAGGAGCAUUUCGUGGCCAACAUGCUCAACAAGAUCUUUGGUGAGUCAGAACCCGAGAGCCACGAGCAGCACUGGUUUUGGAUUGGCCUCAACCGCAGAGACCCUAGAGACGGUCAGAGCUGGCGCUGGAGCGAUGGUCUAGGGUUCUCCUACCACAACUUUGACCGGAGCCGGCAUGACAAUGACAACAUCCGAGGCUGUGCGGUGCUGGACCUGACAUCCCUACAGUGGGUGGCCAUGCAGUGCCAGGCCCAGCUUGAUUGGAUCUGCAAGAUCCCUAGAGGUGUGGAUGUGCAGGAACCAGAUGCUGGUCCACAAGGCCGGAUGGAGUGGCUACGCUUCCAGGAGGCAGAGUACAAGUUUUUCGAGCACCACUCGUCAUGGGCGCAGGCACAGCGCAUCUGCACAUGGUUCCAGGCGGAGCUGGUGUCCGUACACAGUCAGGCAGAGCUGGACUUCCUGGGGCAAAACCUGCAGAAGUUCUCGGCAGGUUCGGAGCAGCACUGGUGGAUCGGCCUGCACAUCUCGGAGAAUGACGGACGCUUCAGGUGGGCAGAUGACUCGAUUAUCAACUUCAUCUCCUGGGCACCUGGAAAACCUCAACCCAUCGGCAAGGACAAGAAAUGUGUGUACAUGACAGCUACCCAAGAGGACUGGGGGGACCAGAGGUGCCAUGUAGCCUUGCCCUACAUCUGUAAGCGCAGCAACAGCUCUGGGGAGACUCAGUCCCAAGACUUACCAUCUUCAGUCCUAGGAGGCUGCCCCACUGGCUGGAGCCAGUUCCUCAACAAGUGUUUCCGAAUCCAGGGCCAGGACCCCCAGGACAGGGUGAAAUGGUCAGAGGCACAGUUCUCCUGUGAACAGCAAGAAGCCCAGCUGGUCACCAUUGCAAACCCCUUAGAGCAAGCAUUCAUCACAGCCAGCCUCCCCAACGUGACCUUUGACCUGUGGAUUGGCCUGCAUGCCUCUCAGAGGGACUUCCAGUGGAUUGAGCAGGAGCCUCUGCUGUAUGCUAAUUGGGCACCAGGAGAGCCCUCUGGCCCCAGCCCUGCUCCCAGUGGCACCAAGCCGACCAGCUGUGCAGUGGUCCUGCACAGCCCCUCAGCCCACUUCACUGGCCGCUGGGAUGAUAGGAGCUGCACGGAGGAGACGCAUGGCUUCAUCUGCCAGAAGGGCACAGACCCCUGGCUGAGCCCAUCCCCAGCAGCAACACCCCCUGCCCCCGGCACCGAGCUCUCCUACCUCAACGGCACCUUCCGGCUGCUGCAGAAGCCACUGCGUUGGAAGGAUGCUCUCUUGCUGUGUGAGAGCCGAAAUGCCAGCCUCGCCCGUGUGCCUGAUCCCUAUACUCAAGCCUACCUCACACAGGCUGCCCAAGGGCUGCAAGCACCACUGUGGAUCGGGCUGGCCAGUGAGGAGGGCUCACGGAGGUAUUCCUGGCUCUCGGAGGAGCCUCUGACUUACGUGAACUGGCAGGACGGGGAGCCUCAGCAGUCGGGAGGCUGUGCCUAUGUGGAUCUGGAUGGAACCUGGCGCACCACCAGCUGUGAGACCAAGCUGCAGGGGGCAGUGUGUGGGGUGAGCGGGGGUGAGUACCGCCUGAUGGGGGCCAAGGUUUGGGCGUGUGCAGGUAGUCCUGGGAGGAUGCCUGGGCUACAUCCUCCACCCUGCACUCCAACAGGACCCCAUCCUCCCCGAAGGAUAAGCUAUCGGGGCAGCUGUCCGCAGGGGCUGGCGGACUCCUCCUGGAUUCCCUUCAGGGAGCAUUGCUAUUCCUUCCACAUGGAGCUGCUGAUGAGCCACAAGGAGGCGCUGCAGCGCUGCCAGAGAGCGGGUGGGACGGUUCUGUCCAUUCUCGAUGAGAUGGAGAAUGUGUUUGUCUGGGAGCAUCUGCAGACCGCCGAAGGCCAGAGUCGAGGUGCCUGGUUGGGCAUGAACUUUAACCCCAAAGGAGGCACACUGGUCUGGCAAGACAACACAGCCGUGAACUAUUCCAACUGGGGGUCCCCUGGCCUAGGCCCUAGCAUACUAAGCCACAACAGCUGCUACUGGAUCCAGAGCAGCAGCGGGCUGUGGCGCCCUGGUGCUUGUACCAACAUCACCAUGGGAGUUGUCUGCAAGCUCCCUAGAGGGGGAGAGAGCAGCUUCUUGCCGUCAGCAGCACUCCCUGAGAACCCGGUGGCCCUGGUGGUGGUGCUGAUGGGAGUGUUGCUGCUGCUCCUGGCCCUGCUGACAGCAGCCCUCAUCCUCUACCGGCGCCGACGGAGUGCCGAGCGCGGGUCCUUUGAGGGGGCCCGCUACAGUCGUAGCAGCAGCUCUGGCCCAGCCGAGGCCACUGAGAAGAACAUCCUGGUGUCUGACAUGGAAAUGAACGAACAGGAAUAGAGCCAAGGGCGUGGUCCGGGUGGAGCCGAGGCUGGGGAGGCAGGGACCCCAGGUCAGCAGGUCCCCAUCACCCACCAGUCCAGUUGGUCUGUGGAUGGCAGCCCCUGGGAGUUGCUACUGGGAGCUGGGGGGGGCUGAGCGUGCGAUGGGGUGGGAGUACCCAGCCUCCCAAAAAAAGGCUAGGCCAAGCCCCGGCAGUGGGACAUUUCCCCUUGUUCCUGGUCUUGGGAUCUUGUCACCUGGGACUGGGUACUCCCCCUCCAC